AUGUUGCUACCGUCGCAGUACGAAGGCAUCGUGCCACUGCACAUGGUGCAAAACCCGCCCUUCUCCGUACAAGCCCCAGGAGAGCUGGCAAAGCCGGGCGAGACAGCCCCCUAUCGACACUUCAAGGCCAAGGAUGGCCUGAUAGACCGACCUGAAUCGAACGCUAGCACCAUCUUCGAGCUCCUCAAGGACAGCGCAGUGAAAUACGCAGACAAAAACGUCAUGGGCAGUCGCAAGCUCAUCAAAACUCACUCCGAGGUCAAGAAGGUGCCCAAAGUCGUCGACGGCGUCACAAAAGAGGUGGACAAGGAAUGGACCUACUUUGAGCUCUCAGGCUAUUCCUUCACAACAUACGCCGAGUACGAGAAGAGGGUUCUGCAGGUUGGGGCCGGCCUGAGGAAACUCGGCUUGGAAGCCGGCGACAAGGUGCACAUAUUCGCGUCAACUAGCCCCAACUGGUUCUGCAUGUCACACGCAUGUUCGUCGCAGUCUAUGACCAUCGCGACAGCCUACGAUACCCUCGGUCCAGAUGGAGUCGAGCACUCACUUGUUCAGACCAAGGCCAAGGCCAUGUACACCGACCCGCAUCUGCUGAAGACGGCAGCAGGUCCUCUCCAGGCGGCUGAGCAUGUGAGAUAUGUCAUCUACAACGACGCAACCAACGUGCCUAUCAAAGAUGAAGAGCUUGACUUGUUCAAGCAGAACCAUCCCCAUCUUAAGGUCCUCUCAUGUUCCGAGCUCCGAGAACUUGGUGAAGCAAACCCAGUUGCCCCUGUCCCGCCUAAGCCGACGGAUCUCUACUGCAUUAUGUACACUUCGGGUUCUACUGGACCCCCCAAGGGUGUGCCCAUGUCACACGAGGGCAUCGUAGCUGGUAUUACUGGUCUAUACUCCAUCAUGGCCGAAGUCGUGUCGCAUCGUGAUUCGGUGCUGGCAUACCUUCCACUGGCCCACAUCUUCGAACUCUGUGUCGAGAACCUCGUCAUCCUCGUCGGUGGUACCCUCGGCUAUGGCUCACCGCGCACCUUGUCUGAUUCAAGUAUGCGCCAUUGUGCCGGUGAUAUACGUGAGCUGCGGCCCACCGUCAUGGUUGGAGUUCCCCAAAUUUGGGAGACAAUCAAGAAGGGUGUGGAAGCCCGCGUCAAUUCAUCCCCUGCUAUCAUGAAAGCUCUCUUCUGGGGCGCCUACAACGUGAAAUCCGCCCUUGUUUCCAACGGUCUCCCUUGCGCCUCCAUAUUCGAUGGCGUCGUGUUUGGCAAGGUGCGGGAGAUGACAGGUGGCCGAUUACGCUUCAUCUUCAAUGGUGCCAGUGGAAUUUCAGACUCUACUCGGCAUUUCAUGUCUAUGGUUGUCGCUCCGAUGAUUUCCGGGUACGGCCUCACUGAAACUUGCGCGAAUGGUGCCCUGGGAUGCCCAUUGCAGUGGACACCAGAUGCCAUCGGACCUGUGCCAGCCAGUGUAGAGCUCAAACUAGUAUCGCUUCCCGAACUCAACUACAGCACGGAUGCCACACCUCCCCAAGGCGAGAUUCUGCUUCGUGGCAAGCCUGUACUGAAAGAGUAUUACGAAAAUCCCGAAGAGACGGCCAAUGCCAUCACCUCAGACGGUUGGUUCAAGACCGGCGACAUUGGAGAGAUGAACAGCGUCGGACAUAUUAAGGUGAUUGAUCGUGUCAAAAACUUGAUAAAAAUGCAAGGCGGCGAGUACAUCGCGCUUGAGAAGGUGGAGUCGGUGUACCGUGGCUGCCAAUAUGUCCACAACAUCAUGGUUCAUGGUGACAGCAGCCAUCCGCGGGCGAUCGCUAUUGUGAGCCCCAAUGAGAAGACUGUAUCUGGACUGGCCAAGAGUUUAGGCGUCGAACAGAGCCAUAUGUAUCACGAUAAGAAGGUCAGCAAUGCCGUACUGAAGGAGCUUGUCUCAGUGGGCAAACAAGGUAGUCUCGGUGGCCUCGAGACGGUCACCGGCGUUGUUCUGGUGGAUGGUGAAUGGACUCCUGCAAAUGGUUUGGUCACUGCGACCCACAAGGUUAACCGAAGGGCACUGAAGGCGAAGUACAGCAAGGAGAUCGAACAGGCCUUUGAGGGCUCGUGA